AUGGCACCCCGGGUUCAGACCCGCGUGUCCAACGCCCUCCUCCCCUACCUCACAUCUACCUCUAUCUCUUCCCUCCCCUCAUCCUCAUCACAAUGCCUCUCUCGGCAAUUCUCCGUCACGGCAGCAUCACAGACCAAGCUCCGUCGACAAAUGUUCGAAUGGCUCAGCACAGACGGUGCUGAAUUGAAGCAUCACAUCCCUGGAGAAACCAACUACGUGACUCGUUUAAAAGACAGUCCAAUGUCAGCAACUCGCCCAUUCCCCAACAACCCAAAUUUUGUCAGCGAAUCUGUCUUAAGUGAAGAGCUGCGAAAUGAAGUUUACACACGCGUCGUCGAGGAGAAGAAGAGUGUCCGUGCUGUCAGUAUGGACCUUGGAAUCGACAUGAAGCGAAUCGGUGCCGUGGUCAGGUUGGUUGAGCUUGAGAAGCGACAACGUGAACAGGGCAAACAUCUAGCACUACCAUAUGCUCGGGCCAUCCAUGAGAUGAUCCCAACAACUCCUCUCGCUCCACCAGGCGAGCGCCAAACCUACCACGAACCCAUCAAUGACCUUCCCGCCCACCCUCUGACAGGAGCUCAAAUCUUCUACCCCGUCUCCGAGUCGCGUCCCUUCAACCGAGUUGAAGCCGGUCGUGUCUUCUCCUCUGCCCCUGCCUUGGAACACCAUGAAGCCGCGGAGAUUGGACACCCGUCCGAUCUCGCCGAAAAGAUCAUCGAAGAUCCCAGGGCCAUCGGCUGGGUCGGCAAGGGUAACAACGCCCGCCAGAUCCUGCAGCCCGCUGAUGUCCGCAUUCCCCACCCACACAUGGUCGCUCUUGAGCGCGAUCACAUCGCUCACCCCAAUGAGCGCCGUGCUGUCGCCGAGCGCCAGACUAAGCGUCUGGAGCGCCAGGAUGCCGCUGAGCAGCAGCGUCGCGAACGCGCUCAGGCCCGUCGCGAGAAGAAGCUCCAGACCUUCACCCCUGAAAACUCUCGCUUCGAGUACCGUAUUCAGGAGACCGUGUACACCAAGGAGACUACCGGAGCUGAUGGCCGUGCUCCCUGGGCUGUUGGUCGUCGUUACGGUGUCCCCCACCGUGACCGCACACGUGGUGAGGUCAAGAUCCCCACUCGUGUGGAGGCAUGA